AUUUAUAUCGUAUUCAAUUUUGAGGAUUUUUUAAAAUUUUUUAUUUGGUAUUAGAGCGUCACAUUGUUUUAAUUACUUAUUUUCAUAGGGACACUAAACACACACCUAUUAGAUGCGCUGCGUCUUCUCAGGUUCUCAGGAUGAAAAAAAAUAUUCUGUAACAAUGUAUUGGUGAUUAGGUCUCUUGUCGUGAGCUUUGAGGAAAUAUAUCUGCCGACCGUCGUGCUGCUUCCCGUGUAGGAACAAAUAAUAUUCAGCUGUCAUCUUGAAACGUCAAUAAAUUUACCUGUCAGAAAACUGCAUUCGAUUGUGGGGUUUUGUCAUUGUGAUGGAGUAGUUGGAGUGCCUGAGCUAUGGACUCCAACAACGAAGAAGCUCAUGUUUUGUCCGUGGUGGCGACCCUGCUGGAGGCAGCAGCCGACAGAGACGAGCUGGUGCGCGAGGCUGUCAUCACCUCUCUGCGACAGCUCGCCAAGAAGUACCCCAGCAAGGUUCUCCGAUGGGCAGUCGAGUACAGGAGCAACAACCCUAAGAUGAGCGUGUCUCACCUGGCCGCACUGCUGCGCACCAUGGAGCUGGUGUGUCAGGAGCGACUGGCAGACGUGGACGGAGACGAGGUGUUGCAGCUGAUACAGUUCAGCGUGUCGGAGAUGACACGCACCCAGGAGUACCUGCCAUCGCUGCAGAUGCCUGCAGCUGGCAUCCUCACUGCUCUCGGAAAGGCCCACUGUAACGAGGUAAUGGAGGGACUGCUGAAGCACUUCCAGCCGGGCGUGCUCCCGCACUACGCCGUACUGCACACCAUGGGCUGCCUGGCCUCGGCCAAUGUGUUUGGCAUCAUCCCCUUUGUGAAGGCCACGUUGGGCACAAUGCUCCCCAUGAUGGGCAUGCUGCGCACCGAUGCCAUGCGCCAAGUGUUUGCAUUCGCGCUGGGAAAAUUCAGCGAGGCUGUGUCUGAGUACAUGGCAAACAUAGACCAGGCACCAGACCCCACGGUCAAGCUUGAUGUGUUCUCUACAGAGCUCAGCAUCGCUUAUGAUGUGCUGGCCAGCGCGUGGAUUCACUCCAAGGAGCAGAAGGUAGUGGAGACAGUCUUGCACGCUCUGGGCCCCAUGGUGGAUGUACUGCCGCCCCAGAAGGUGGGAGAGCAAUUACCUCGCCUGAUCUCGACACUGCUGGCUCUGUAUCGUCGCAACAUGAACCCUCACCCCGUGACGCAGUGCCUGGCGGCGGUGCUUCUCGUGGCAGUCACUCACUGCAAGGCCUUGCUGGAGCCUCAGCUCGACCACUUGCUGGGCGUCAUGUUCGACCUGGUAUGCACAUCCCCGGACUACGCCCAGCCACUCACGGUCAAGAACCACUAUGAGGUGCUACGCUGCUUCGACAGGCUAGCCUGUCACUUCACAGACCGUGUGGUGGAGCUGCUCAUGCAGCAACUACGCAACAACAACGAGCGCGAGCGCAUUAAAGCCCUGUUCGUUGUCACCCACCUCGUCAACUCCUCUGAACACCUCUUGCGGGCGCGUAUCGUGGACCUGAUGAUGGGGCUGCGUGGCAUGCUGGCCGAGCACAGCAUCAAGGUGAAGAAGGUACUGCUGAAGACUAUCGUUGCAUUUGCGUACCGAGGCUACAUGGAGCCCAGUGAGGGUCGUGAGUUCGUGGAGUUCAUCGUGAAGCACAGCUGUGCAGUAGUCACUCCUGCCGGCAAGGAUGGCAGGGAUGGCAGGGACGAAGAGGCGGUCCAGGGCGAGGAGCUGCGUGUCACCUGCGGCAACACGCUGUAUCUCCUGGCCACGACCGUGCCCCAGGUGGAGGGGUUGAUGUGGCAUCUCCUGCUGAGCUUCCUGCUGGAGCCUCAGUACAUCGCUGCUAGCCCGGUGCUGGCACGUUGUCUCGCGCAUCUCGCCACCAAGCGAGACGACACGCUUCUGUGCAGCACUUCCCUUAAAGGCCCGGUGCCCUGUGCAAGUUCUGUGUUCGGGCGCUGCCUGGUGCUCCUGGGCCGUCCGCUGGAGAGUAGCCGUGCCGUGUUCGUGCUCACCUUCCUGAAGAGCUACGCCUCAAGCGCGAACCGCCACCUGCGCCCGCUGUGGGAUCAGAAGAUACCGGAGCUACUGCAGCACAUAGAGGACUACAAGGACAAGUGGCAGGAAUCGCUGUGGGAUGAUCUGGUGCUGGAAUUACUGUCCGCGACCUUGAACGAGGUUGAUGAGGAGAAGUGGACACUAGACCUGGGAAUGCAAAUGGUAGACCAGCUGAGACUGUACACGGGCCACCUGCCGGAGAAGUGCAUGCUGUACAAGUGCUUGGCUGUAGUGGCGUGCCACACAUCUGACAAGCAGUAUGUGCAGAAGACGCUUGAAGUGCUUCUCGCCGGGGCACGUCACCACUGUCCGAUCGAGGCCCGCGCUGUUGCCCGUGCUGUCGGCAUCUCGACCAGAGCUCACCUGCAGGACGUGUUAUCCCGCCUCCGCCGCCUCUCGCAGGACGAGCUGGGGCGCAAGUCCUCGCGUCUACUGCCCUUCAUCAAAGACAGGCAGCACGAGGGCGAGCUGGAGCGGGUACGACAUACGUUACUGCUGUGCUACGGCGAGGUGGCCCAAGAAGCUCCCGGAGAGGAGCUACUGCCUCAGCUGGAGCAUGGUCCUGCCCACUGGGUGCUGCAGCAGCUGUCUGUCAUCAAGGAUGCGCAGGGCACGGCGGUGGCUCUGGGUGCGCUGGGCAGCGUGGUGGAGGCCUUCCACCCCAACAGGAACAGUCUGCAGAUCGCACUGCACGGACGGGCCCAAGUGCUCCAGCUGGUACUGGAGCAGUUGGCACUGGGACCGAGCACCUACCCCAGCGCGCUGCAGGUGCUCACGGCACUCGUCAAGCUACCUCCACCCCUCAGCCCUGAAGAGCGUGUGGAGGUGCUGAAGACGUGCUUCACGCACGUGUUCCUUGGCGUGAAGACAGAUGCGAGCCCCCGGGAGGUCACCGCGGCCGGGCUGCUGUGGUCCGAGGAGGCAGCAGUCAUUCUCUACGCCCUCGGGACUCUAGUGCAGGAGCUGCUGCUGUUGUCCGUGACUCCGGCCAUCUUGGACGAGGUAUUCACGCUGCUGGAGCCGUGGCUGGCCGCCAGCGGAACACACGAGCGCGCAGCCGCCACUGCUACACUCAGCUCUGUGCUGCAGUGCUACCUCGACAACCUCAAGUUCGGCUAUGAGGCUCCCAGCAGGUUCAGCCAGACGGGCCACAUGCUUGGCUGCGUUGUGCCUCGCUGUACGGACCCCAGCCUGGCCGUACGUCAGAAGGCUGUGGACUGCGUACGGCUGGUGCUCUGCGUGGCCGCCCGCUACGAAGGCCAACAUGCGGACCAUGACAACAACCUUACCAGUGCACUGAGCAGCGUGCAGGAGCGCGUGCUGACGGACGACCCCGUCAAGCUCUACCAGGCCAUCGCGGAUCUGGCAACAGUGACGUGCAGCAAGCUGGCUCCAGGACAGCUGGUGCAUCUGGCAGACAGUCUCAUAGAGGGAGCGCUCGACCCUGCCCCGUCGAGCGCCUGUGGAGCCAGCGUCGUGCUCAACACACUGUUCCAGAGCAAGGGCGGAGAGCUGUACCACCACGUGCCGCAGUUACUGGCUAGCCUGCUGAGCAAGCUGGGCAGUGUACAGUGUGAGCAGGCACACACGGGCUGUCUGCGCGCAGUGCUCUCUCUGACUGCACACCACCCCAAGGCUGUGGUGGCAGCCCUGCUGCACCAACCAAUCCCCUACAGCGCGCCUGUGGUGGACUGCUGGAUGAUGCUGGCGCGCGACCCUGAUCUCUCAUCUGACGUAGUGGAGCAGUUGGUACGCCUGGUGUCAACUACACCCCUCUGCGAGCAGCUGCCAGAUAAAGAGCGCUUCAAGAUGGCCGAGCUUCAGCCCCUCGCGGCCAUCAGCGCGCUGAGAGAGAUGUUCCGUGUGGCCAGCAUGCACGCGCUGGUCACGGCACGGCUGCCUGAGCUCUUCACGCUGCUGUACCUGGCCGUGGCUAGCUACGUGGGCGCCUCUCCGCCCGUGCACACUCCGCACAGCGGCAAGGAUCGCCUCUCCUUCGUGCCAAACCGCAAUGCCUACAAGCUGAGCCCUGCCAGGGUGGCCCACGAUGCACUGCAGGGGUUCCUUCUGUGUGCGCGCUGUGAUUCUGUGGCCGAGGCUCUGCUCCACUGCGCAGGCAUCGACUCCCAGGAGAGCCUCACCGGCUUCGUGUCUGCAGUGCCUCACCUCGUGAGGGCGCUGUGUGCAUGUGUGCCUCACUUGCUGCCUAAGCUCAUCACUCACUUGAACCAGUACAGCACCAGCAGCUACGAUCCCCAGAGAGUGGCGGUCGCAGCGUUCUACUCCGAGCUGACGAAGCUGCAGGUGAAUGGCCAGAUGCUGCUGCUAGAGAGCGUGGUGAGCAGCCAGCUGAACUGCCUCGGCGACCCGUCACCGCUCGUGAGGCAGCUGUGCCUCGCAGGCCUCGCCUCUGUCGCUCGCCUCGAGCCCGACCAGCGUGGGCGAUACGCAGAGAGUGUGCUGGCAGCCCUGACGCAGGGCCUGGACGACCACGACGCCAGCGGAAGCAUCGCACUGGCCGCGGUCAGAGGCUUCUUGGAAAUGCUGCCGGUGAUGGAGGAGCAUCACGUGCUGGCUGUCCAGGGCACCGUGGCCAUACGGAUCAAGCACUUGUUUGAGCGAGAGGAUGGGAACAUGCGCGCGGCUGCUAUAAGGAUGUUCGGGGAGCUAGCGCGCUGUAGUGUGGCCAGGCCUGAAACAGCGUUCCGUGAGCAGGUGACGGGCAACCUGGUGUGCUUUCUGCUGCACCUCAGUGACGGAGACGACGAGGUGGUGAAGGCCUGCAAGUUCACGUUGCGUCAGGUGGGGCCUCUGCUGGGAGCCAGACGCACCAGCGCCAUGCUGCAGGACCACCUGCUGGACGCUGCGACGCUGCACUUCUCCGACUUCAUGGCCGACCUGGUCAAGCUGCUGGGGGAGGAGCGGCCGGAUCUGGUGCCUCACAUGACCUUGAACGCCCUUGCUUACACCAAGAGUUCUUGGCCAGCACUCCGCGGAAAUGCAGCUAUCCUUAUAGGUACGUUGCACGGUGCGCUGCCUGUCGAGCAGUCCGGCACGGUGCGACUGGACUCGGUGUGUGCGCGCCUGGCACAGCUGUUGAGCGACGAGGAUGCGAGCGUGCGCGUCAAGGCUGCCAAGGCUGCGGGCUGUCUCUUCCCGGGCUAGAGUCUCACUGAAGUGUGGCUGCUGCACUCCUUACACCCUAGCUGCGUGAAGGUCGCUGGAGCACCUUAUUAUAACAAUGUACAUAGAUGUGUGACCAGCUGUACAGUUAAGUAUUCUGUUGUGAGUGCCUGUACAUUUGUGAAGUAUUGUCAGUUGGCCUGUUGUGGAGAUGAAGACAGGUGUGAAGGUGGUUGGUGCCACAGUCUCUGCAGUCGUGCUGUCUGAGAUCACGCCGUGAUCGCAGCUUCUAGUGGGGCAGCUAGCCAGCCAAUAUAAAAAUGGAAUAUGAUGGUAAAUAGUAAAUUUAUUGUUACUGUUACUGCAAAUUUAACAUUUUAAGGGUUGUUUAGCUUCAGUUUUCUCUGGUUGCAAAUUAAAACUGCAUUAGGUACUUUUGUGUCACUCUAUUCUUUUGGUUAGUAAAUAUAGUUAUGUGUAGUAUUACUUAGGCAACAGAUUAAAAUUAGUUGACCUGUCAACUAAGUUAUUGGCAAGUCAAUGAAUACUUAUUGUAAAUGUUACUGUAACACAGUUAUUGGCUCUUAACAGAAUGCUUUAUUUUUUACAUUAUGAGUAAUUCUUGUGAUCUUAUUAUACUUUUUGAUGCAUAUUCAGUUGUUUCUAACAUUGAGGGCUAGUGAAAAACCAAAAUAAUUAUUAUUUUCUUCUGCAGGUAACUUCACCUGCAACAGAUAACUUUUAAGUAGGACCAGCUUGAAAACAUUCAGCAUCUAUAACUGACAAGUUUGGCUAUCUCAUACUUUCUGAUUGUUCCACCAGUGCAGUGGAUCAUCACUUGUUCUAAGAUGAGGUUCACUGAGAUAUCAUCUUUCAUUUAUUUAUUUUUUGUUUGUAGCUAGUGGUUGAGCAUAUGUAUAUUUUACCAAUAUCAAUGCUCUCUUUAAUCUAGGAUCAUCAAGCAUUGCAAUGCCUUUGACUGGUUCCUUCUGGUCAUUUGGAAAUAUUUACUUGGAGAUGCUUUAGCUAGUGUCAUCUUUCUGCUAUUGUUCCUGACUUUCUAGUUCAAAUAUCAAACUGUGGAAAGUUAUUAUUUAUGAUUAUUUAUGUGGUUGGAUAAUUUCUUAACUCAUUUCUUCUGUUGUUUCAGCCCAUGGUAGCACCUCAGCAAUACUUGAAGCUUACUGCUAUUCUGAUGAUAACAUUUCUAUACUUCCGCUGUUAGCAUCUUUUGUGACCAGGACAGCUUUUAUUUGUAUUAGCAGAUGUAAAGGGUGCAUGAUAACAGCAGUACCAAGUGGUCCAAAAUAUAAAUUCUCUUUCUGACACUUUAUUUUAUAGUACUCACGAUUGCAUGGUUAGUGUGAGUUAUUGAGUAAAGUUAUUGAAAAUAAAAAGCUAUGUUAGUUGCACUUCACAUUCGGAUCACAGUUUUAAUACAUUUUUAUUUUUUAUUUUUGGUAAUUUACGUAGUUGCCAAUAACUGUGGAACAUGUUUACAUUUACACAGAAGUUAGCUUGAAUACUAACUUCACUUCAAACAGUGUGACAUCAAAGUAACAUUUAAAUUUAAAUUUAAACUUUUGUGCCACAAUAAAAUUGCUAGAAUACAACCAUUUUUAUACAUUUAAUACAAGGUAAUAUUUAUUAAAUGGUUUAACGCUGUCCACAAUGCAUUAGUACUUACUCUUAUUUUAUAAUAAUUAUUAUUAUUUUUAAAAGUGUGCGUAACUGUGAAUGCUAAUAACUCUGUUUACUUUAUAUUACAUAUCUAUUUAUAUGUUGUUUGCUUUGAUCUGGCAACACGUAGAUUGUUUUGUUUCCAAAUGCUUGCGUGUACCGGGACAUUUCCUCACUGCCUGGCACACGGCGAGUCACAUGAAGCACGUGUCUCCUGCUAGUUGCCCGGCCGUGCUUGUGGAGGUCUGAGAACAGCCUGUAAGUGGACCUGGUGUGGUUCUCUCAAUGAAACUAGAGGACUGCAGCAUGAGACAUCAUGUGUCGGUAGUGCUCACUUCAACACAGCGACACAACUGGCCAACGCUCGCACUGGCGGCUCUCGCUACUGUCGCCGCACUCAGCUUGCUGGCUCUGCUGUCGCUACUCUAGCCUAUGUACACCAGAGUAUAGAUGUCUAUGCUUGUAGCUAGAAGCAGUACCUCUAGUGAGCAAGUAUUUAAACUAGUUGUGGUUCAGCGAUAUCUUCGAGAACUCAGGCAACCUUUGUCAUGGCUUUGGUGAGCCCUCGCAGCUGAACACAUCUUACAUCUGUGAGAAGUGCAGAUGGCUGAGUCAGUAUUUGAGACCACCUAUCAUCCACUGAUCGUUUCCUGCAAAGGAACAGAUACCGUAUUUACUCGUGUAUAGCGCGCCCUCGUGUAUAGCGCGCACCACGAUUUUUGCAACUAAUUCCAAAGAAAAAAAAAAUUGAAAUUUUUUUUUCCCCCAUAAAUAAAUUUUACUAACAUUUUGUGGUACCUGAUUAUUUAAAUUGAUGUGUGGUGAUGCGUCAGGAAAAUACAUAAACUCUGCUGUCUAAACGGAAGAUAAUGAAGCGCUAUAUCGUCACAACUGGUACGUGGAAGGAAGGAAGGAAGGGAGGGAGGCGUGCCGCGCUACGUUGCUAAGCUGGCGCGGAGAACUUGAUGACUCACCGGUGAGGAAUGGAGGAAGCGAAGAAGUUGCCGAGGGGGGGGGGGGGAACUGGUGACAACAUUCUCUCUUUCUCUCUCUCUCUUUUUACUAGCUUCUGAGCUGGCUUUCUGUAAAGGGGGGAGGUCUAAAAAUAAACAAGAGACCAUGAUGUGCGAGCUUGCGCGCGCGCGCGUGUGCGUGUGUGUGUGUGUGUGUGAAAGAGAGGCCUUGUUGCUUGUGCGUAUGUGUGGGGGCUGGCCAGAAACGUCACCCGUCACCCGGCAGUUAACGACUUCCACUCCUCCCCGCCUCCCCCCCCCCCCCCCAAAAAUUUUUUUUCCCGUGUAUAGCGCGCAUCCUUAUUUUUUUCCUUUACUUGAGGGGAAAAAAGGGCGCGCUAUACACGAGUAUAUACGGUAUUUAACUUCAUAUUUUAGUUCAUAUUUUCUUAUGAUGUUUUACAUUGCUAAUAAGUGACCAGCAUCUUCUGCUUGUUUCUGUAUUCCAUUGCCUGUCUUCUGUUCUCAAUGACUGGACAGCUGGGAACGUAUACAUUCCUGUGACUAGUCAGUCGCACCAACGCGUUGUCUUGUGUAACCACUGCUUGUGAGGCCUUGUUGGACUUCAAUCAUACACUAACUGAAAACUUAGUUUUAAUAUUCACUGUUGUGUUCAUAAAUGGCAGACUGUGUAUUUGUUUUGUUUUUUGUGUUCUGUUGUUAUUAAUAUUUAUAUAUUGUUAUAUAAGUUUUCAUAGCUAUAAAGUAGUUUGAUUUUUCCUGCCAUGCAGAUUGUAUUCCUGAAUAUUGUGAUGUGAAUAAACCAAUUUUUCAUCUACAAGACAAACUGAGUAUUGUAUGAAUUGUUGUAAUUUUGUACAAUUACAAGUAAUUGUAAUA